AUGGACUCCAAACUCGUUUUCAUUAAAAAUAGCAUCAAUAUCUUUGCUUGUAUCGCUGGAUACUUCUUGGUAGUUCAUGGGGGGAUUGAUGGAUUCUCUAGAUCUAUUGUCCAUUUAAAAUGUUCAAACAACAAUAGAUCAGAAACAGUUCUUGGUUUAUUCAAAGAAGCUAUCACUUUUUUUGGUCUACCAUCAAGGGUGAGGAGUGACAUGGGUGGCGAGAAUGUGGAGGUGUCGAUGUUUAUGCUUUCACACCCUGCACGAGGYCCAGGAAGAGCAAGUAUGAUCACAGGAAAAAGUGUACACAAUCAGAGGAUAGAGMGGCUUUGGAGAGACAUGUAUUACCAAGUUACAUUCGUUUUCUACAACCUGUUCUAUCAUAUGGAGGCCUGUCAAGUGCUCAAUCCCAAUGAUGAUAGCCAUAUUUUCUGCUUACACUACAUAUACAUUGAAAGAUAUAACAGGACUUUACAAAMUUUUGUUUCUGGCUGGAACCAUCACAAGAUCUCAUCAGCUGGUCAUCGCACACCAAUGCAGCUGUGGAUGUUGGGUAUGAAUAGUAUUGCAAACUCCAGCUUAACUGUGGCCAAGGAAACAUUUGGAGACAUGGAGGGUAACUGUAAUAAUUAUGGGAUUGACUGGGAUGGSCCAUUACCAUGCAGUGAAUGRAGUGGUCCAGAUGAAGAUGGUGAUAUCAUUGAAAUUCCUCYUGUUAACUGUCCUUUACAAGAGGCUGAUUAUGGAAGGCUUAAAGUUCUUGUAAAUCCACUUGAUACAAGUGAUUCAUAUGGUAUUGACUUGUACAUGAAAACACUUUCUUUUGUAUCUGAUUGUUUAAAUACAUCAAAUGCAUCAUAAAGUACAUUUCAUUUUUCAUCAAACCAUUAAACUAAAACCAUAUUA